AUGUCUCAAGGGGCUCAAAAAGAACCACCUUUCCGCUUAGCCAUGGCAAGGGCCACUUGGCUGAGCACACUGGGUACCUGGUGUCUCACGACCGCAGGAACAUGGACUUUGGCAUGGUUCUGGGUGGCGCCCGCCACAUGUGAGUCCGUAGACCAAUGCUCUCGGCACCUGCGUGGACACCCGCGAUUCUACCACACCGUUUCCACCGCCGUUCUCCUGGCCCUUCUGGGUCACGAGCUCCUGAGCUUGGUUGCCACCUACGUUGGAACUCGCCAGGCUAAGGCCUUGAUUCCCCACCUCAAGAGCAAGAGCCUGCCGACGUUCUUGCUGGCCCUUAUGCUUGGUAUUCUGGCGGUUUCCGAGAGCAUGUUCUCUCGGAUGAGCUGGACCAUUGCCCAUGUCAUGCCCAUCACUGAUGGCUUCACAGCACCUGGCCGUCCCGUGUACACCCUCCAAUAUCUGGAAUGGACGACAGACAUGCCAAUCGUCUUCCUUCUUGCCGGCCACUGCAGCCUGGGGCGUCCCAUCCGUGAAAUCUCUCGGCCGCUGCUGCUGACCAAUGUAUACGUCAUCCUGUGCUGGGCAGCCACCCUUACCAGCUCUUCUGCACUUAAGUGGCUUUUGAUCCUGACCUCCUGGGCGAUGUACGUCUUGGCUUCGAAGGACAUGUUCAACUGGUGCGUCGACUUUGAAAACACGGCCCCGAAGGACUUGCCAGGGAGAGCUUUGCGCCCUGUGCUAUCCUCGGGUCUGAUCCUCCACUUCUUCCUCUAUGGCUUGGUCUACCUCGCCUCUGUAAGUGGCCUCAUUGAUGCUCUGCAGGAGCGGAAGGUCUUCUUUGCACUGACAUUUGGCGCGAAGCUCGCUUUCUGCGCAGCUUUCGUACUAAUUCGAGCAGACGAGUACCACAAGGCCCUUACCGGUGCACUUCGCAAGGUAAGCGUAUCCAAUGCUGGCAUGAUCUCCAUCCUUCGAAGCAGCUUCGAUGUUCUCCUCCCUUGUACGCUGGACGCGCGCGGCGCCUGUCGUAUCCUGUCGGAGUCUCCCGGCGACCUCUCCAAAUUGGAGAAGAUCUUGGACAUCCCUGUGGCUGGGGCUUCUCUGAAGGACCUCGUACAGGGCAAGCAGCAGCAGGCGGACUUCACCUCGUACUUGCGGAACGUCGUGCGCCAGGCAGACGGCGCGGCAUCUGCGACUGAAGGAUGGACGGCGCCCGCAGCUCAGGUGCUGCAUUCCACCCUGCAGGGCAAGGGCGGCAAGGGAGCUGUGGAGGCCUCGCUGCACCUGUCCGUGGUCCCUCGCUCUGCCACACUUGGCGCUGAACAUCGCUUGGUCGCAGCCCUGCGCUUCUCUGGCAUUGAAGAGGAUCUCGGGGCAAAGGAGCACGCGGUUCCAGCCUUCGAGGACUUCAAGCGAUCAGAGACCAGUUUCUCGGACGGAUCGACGCAGCCAACAAGUGAUGCUGGCUCGAAGCUGGCCAUCGUCGCCAACCUGGCAGAUCUUUCAAAGCUCGGCGUUUCCCAGUUGCUGCAGAGCUCGGCUGGCAGCCAGUCAGCUGCCGAUGAUGUUGGGACCUCCUACGACUUCGCUCCGUCGCUGCUGGAGACUGGGUCACAAGAGCCUCAGAAGAAGUCUUCCAAAGCGGCGAUACCGGAAUCCAUUGGAGAAGGACGCUUCGAUGAGCUUUUCGAAGGGGCGUGGGAAGGCACCACCAGCCGGGAGUUGGGAGGAUAUCAGCAGAGCAUUGCCUUCUCCCCAAAUGGCACGGCUGAGGUGACGGUGAUGGGCCAAAGCCUGCCAGCCAAAUUCCAUGUGGAUGGCAGCACCUCGCCUGCCACACUGGACUUGGAGCUCCUCCACGGCAUCGGAGGCGCCGACUGCCCUCCGCCCAGGAUCCCCUAUAUCUUCAAAAUGGAGGGAGAUUGCCUCCACAUUUGUGGUCCGAAAGAUAGCCGAAUGGUGAGACCGACAAGCUUCAAAGGACCUGGCCUCUGCAUCAUGUCGCGCCAGCUGUCCUCGCCGUCCUCGCCAGAACCGGAGCCAGAGCUCAGUCGUCAAAUCACGGCCAUGACCGACGAGAAUCCGGAGGAAGAGCGAGUGAGGGAAUGCCCCAGCGGGAUGCAGGAGGAAGUGGGAGAGAUGCCAGCUGAAGGGAUGGAAGAAGCCGAAGGGAUGGAAGAGGCGGAGAAAAGCUCCGAGUGGCCCAACAAAGCGUUCACGGCCUUCGAGCCCAUGAUGCUGCCGGCCGUGGCAUUGCUUGGGGCCGGCGCGGCUUCUGUUGCGAUUGCGAAGCAUCCGAUGAUCAAAGGGUGUGGCAGUGCAGUGCAGAUGGAUUGCCGAGGUACCGCCAUGGCAGGCUUGCGCCAAUCGACCAUGGCGUUGCUCGCCCGGACCGUCCCAGAAUGUGUGUUUGAAGCGCAGACUCCUGGCAAAGUCUGCAAAGCCACGAGCUCCAACAGAGCCAAGAAACUUUGCCAGCGCAGGAAGUCACCGGUGCUGUGCGAAAAAGCAGCAUCUGACAUCCCAGAGAUCAUGGCGCUGAUCAAACAGGAGACGUUGGUCCACGACUACUUGGAGGACGAAGAUAUCAGCAACACGGAGGGAACUGAAGUUGUUGCGGACCACAGCCCGAUGUGCGUCGAGAUGAACAUCAUUGUGGCGGUGGAAAUGUCGACGGUGCCCUUCAAGACCUUCAAGUUUGACGGCAUCCUGGGCCUGAGUUUGGAUGGCUUGGCCAUGAAUCGAAACUUCAGCACCUUCGACAUGCCCCGUGGCGUGAGAUAUCAGCUAAAUUGA